GGGCGUAGACCUGUGUUCACUGUGUCUAACAUCUUUUUAAUUAUCGGAAACAUUGGUUCAGCACUAUCUAUCAAUAUUGGGAUGUUAAUUGGUUUUCGCGUUACGAUGGCUAUCGGUUCUGCCGCUAGCAAUGCGCUGGGUGCUGGAAUAAUCAUUGAUGUUUUUGAGGACCACGAAAAGGGCAAAGCACUCUCCUGGUAUGCUUCUGUACUUUCGUACUGUGCAGCCAUUGCCCCUUUACUUGGCGGUGCAAUGGCACAGUACUUUGGUUGGCGAAGCAUUUUUUGGCUUUUUGUAAUAAGUCACGGUCUAUUAGGGCUUAUUAUCCUUUUCUUUCUUCCCGAAACCAACCACUAUGCCCUUCAAAAACAAAUUGAUCAAGAACAAAUUGACGAUGCUGUCGACGCAGAGAUUUCCACCAGCAGCAAGAAAAAAUCAUGGGAAAAAAUGAUCAAUCCGUUCUCUUCAUUGAAACUGCUCAGAUUCCCAAAUAUGCUACUCUGCUGCCUAUACCUGGGAGUUAUGUAUGUAUCCACCCAAUAUCACUUUUCAUCGACAAUGGUUGGACUAUUUUAUCUUGCUGGAAUAGCAGGAAAUACAGCAGGUACAUACUUGGGUGGUCUAGUGUCAGACCGUAUCUACAUGCAUCGAGUCGGCAAGGCAAAGGAAGAGGAUAAACAAGUCUAUCCAGAAAUGAGGCUGAGCCAAUCCGUAUUGUUUGUGGCAGCUUUUUCAACGGCUGCCUUAUUUUCCGCGUAUGGAUGGUUUGUUCAAAAGGAUGUGCACUUUUCGGCAGGAAUUGUCUGUCAAGGUCUUGGUAAGAGCUCUAUUUCGUUUUUGGAUUGA